AUGCAUAGUGAAUUAGUGUUUGAAUACAACUGCAAAACACAUCACAAUUUGAUUGACAACAACAACACGUGUUUUUAUCGUGUGUUUUGCGGCCACAAAAUGCCCCCAAAAAUGCCCGCAAAACCUAAAAUUAAACCGAGAAUUGCGGCCAACGGUUACCGACUGUGCGAUCCCUUCAGCGCAGGCCAAGUGCUCAUCGACUCAAACAACAAACAAUGGGUUUUA